AUGGGCAUCCUGGUCUUCCCGUACAUGUUCGCGGGACGAGGCCGGGCCAUGUUGCUCUCGUUCUGCCUCGUCCUGGCCGUCAACGGGCCGGGCAAGUCCAUCAUUUUCAACGCCGAAAUUCUCAACGACUCGUUGGCGUGCUACUAUGUGAUGAAGGUUUUCACCCAAAUCAAAAAUGCGCUACUCGAUAUCGGUGCCGCUCUUCAGAGCUCGUUCACGUGGCUUCAGGCCAUCGAAGGCAUCUGUGACGAGAAGUACGGUGGCCCGGUGGCGCGCUGCGAGAAGACCUUCAACGAAGCCACUGACAACUGCAUGGCGCAGUUGGGACUCGGGUCGCUCAACUAUCACCUUUGCAGUAUUGUGGACUGGUUCAAGGGCAUCUGUAUAUUUGCGCACGUGAUUGAGUACCUGUGUCAGCCGGCAAGGGGAGCCAGGAAGGGGAGCGUGGACGACGCGAGGAGCUACAUGUACCAGGCGUCCGGCAAGUAUCGCAGCUUCUUCCUCUUCGGACUGGAACUCUACAGCGACUUCGACAUGAAGGUCAACAUGUCUAAAUCGCUGAAGCAGAUUCGGAAGGAAAUCUUUGACGAGGUCGUCGACAGAGGAGGAUGGGUGUUCUUCGUUAUGGACGCGUUUAGCUGGACAUGCGUCGUGUACAUCUUGCUGAUAUUGGCCAAGGCCGCGAUGUACCGUUAUCGGUACGUCACAGACGACGGAUAUGACAACCACUACUUGUCCGUGCUCAUCAAGAGAGUGGACGACAAACGGGAACAGAUGGAAAAGCCUACUAUUCUUCCGCUGAAGACAAGGGAGCUGAGACGCUACGUCGAUCCUACGUCGCUGGCCAUGACACGGACGGAGAUGCGCGAGCUGACCAGAGUGGCUGUCAAUCUGCUGGCCACCGGCUUCCAGAUCGGAUACCUGAUGUUCGUCGAUACGGCCCUCUACUUCAUCAUGGAGACCAUCCGUCGCAACGGCUACGUCAAGACUAACUUCAGGCGCAAAGUUCCCGCCAAGGCGGUGGUGGAGGGGAAAGGCUUCAUGGCUGACGCCAUACGUUCCACCUUCGAGAAAAUGCCGUCGUCCUUCUCGGCCAACCUGCCCGAGAUCGACACAUCCGAGUGUGUCCCGUACGGCUGGCCACCCAACCACGACCGCUACAGACAGAUCGUGGUGUUCUACCUGAUGGUGCUGGUGUUCGGGCUGAUGCAGCCGCUGGCGCUGCGCCUGCGACACAUCGCUUGCGGCUGGUACUACCCCGAGCGGGCCAGGAAGCGGGCGCUCUGGCUCUACAACGCCAUCCUGAAGCGACGCGGUGGCUUCAUCUCGUUCGUGCAGCGGACGCUCCGCAGGAAACAGCUGGUGGACCCCAACAUGAAUGUGCUGGGCAAGAUCCUGGAGCGGCUCGCCAUAUCGAUACCAUGCUUGCGCAUGGUGAUGACCUACAUGGGCAUGGUGAGGGUGUACUGCGGAGUUUGCUCGGAGAGCUUUGACCCCGAGAGUGACUCGGCCUCGUUCCGACGCUGUGCGAAUUACGGCUGCGAGGGCGUCUACUGCAACGAGUGUUUUGCUGACAUGAACAACCGCUGCACCAUUUGUCUAAAGCCUGUCGACUACGGCGACAUCUCCGACAUCAGUGAAGAAACAGACUCGAGCUCUGACGAGGAGCUGGCCCGGCGUCGAGACUCGAGCUCUGACGAGGAGCUGAUCCGUCGGCGGGAGGAGCGGCUGCUGAUGCGCGAGCUGGGUCUGCCCAGCCGGGCUGAAGACGAGCGCGAGGAGGCGGACGGCCAGCUGGAGUACGCGUACCAGCAGGACCGCAGCCAGGCCGACGGCUGGGAGUCGGACCAGGAACGCUGGCAGAGCCGCAGAAAACGCCCGCCGCGACGUCGAGAGUAG